AUGCAGUCAAACUCUCAAGUCUGAAAUUUUUGACCCUCUCCACCUGGUGGCUACUCCAUCUCCCCCAAAAAUUCCCAAACCCACAAAACACAAGAGAGGAGACCCAUCACUUCUUAAUGGCGAUAACACUCAAUAGAAGAAGAAAUACAAUCAGUACUUCUCUUAGUUCUUGCUUGUUCGAAAUUCCCUGUAUCCUAAUUCCCCUUCACCACUUUCGUUUUCAUUACAUCAGAAUAAUGUUAAUGGCAACGUCGAGAACAACAGGAGUCAAGUUGUUAGAGAGCCAAGCAUUGCUAUUGAUCAGAAACCGAAAGGGAAGCGAUGGACUGAGGAAGAGCACAAAUUAUUUUUAAUUGGUCUAAAUCAGAUUGGGAAACAUGAUUGGAAAGAAAUUUCACAGAAGUUUGUGACCACCAAAACCCCAGCCCAGGUUGCUAGUCAUGCACAGAAAUAUUUCUUGAGACAGGCAGAAACUAAUAAGAUGAAACGUAGACCGAGUGUGUUUGACUUGACUCUGCAGAAUGAAGCGGAAAUCUCUCCGUCUGCUCCUAAGGAUUGCCAAGUUUCACAAACUAACAAAAGUGAUGCUGAAAAGUCAUUAGAGGCUGGCUGCUCUGAAUCUUUGGCCUUGGAUAUUCCACCACUUGCUCAAAUUCCAGCCUCUGUAUGUGGUGCUCCAAAUUAUUGUCAGAUUCCUUCCAUGGUGGGAAUGCCUGGCAGUGCACUGUUCAUCCCAAACCCAAUGGUGAAUUUUGCCAGCCAAAGUUGUUCGUGCUGGUUGCCUGGAACCCAGCAGACUUUUUGUACUGGUGCUUCUGGUGUUAUAGAUCCAUCCGACAUUCCUUCACCACCAUCUUUCUGUCGCAGUCUAUCUGAUUUAGGCAAUAGGCUUUUAUCAAUUGCUAGAGAUGUUGAAGAGCUUACAACAGGACAGCCUCAGACCUCCCGAGGAAUAAAUGUAUCCACUCAAACAUCUGGAGCUAUUGGAGUGACAUGAAAAGUUUUGAUGAGUUGAAGCUUGAUUUUUGCAUUUUGAUUUGUCAGCUGAAGGCUAUAAAUUUUUCCCCCCAUGCGUAUAAAAUAUAGUUAGAACAAAGAGGGAAUUUAUUCUUUAAUAUUUGAGUACUUAGAGAUAUUUUACACUA